AGUGAGCUGUCAAGCGGGAGGCGGCGAACGAGGCCGGUUACCCAGAGUGCCCCGUGGACUUCACCGGGCCCGGGGGGUCGAAAGAUGGCGGCCGUCAGUAAUGUGACUGGGCGGAGGUUAUAGAACAGAUAGGUGCUGCUUUCCCGGGGGUCGGGUAACGAGGCCGCACCGCCCCCCCCCCCCCCUCCCUCUAUCCUCUCUUCCCGACCGGAGCUGGUUCCCCUCGUAACCCAUCUCCCUGGCACCCGGAUCACCGGAGCCCCCCCGGGCCAGUCACCAGAUGGAGGAUCUCCCGGCGGCCGGCGGGAUGGCUGCAUCAGCAAGGCCACAGAUCGGGGGUCCCGGCCAGGCCCAGCCACAGGGAGUCCCCCUGGAGCAGGGCUGUGAGCUCCCGGCCCGGCCGCCUCAGUACACUAUCCCGGGGAUCCUGCACUACAUCCAGCACGAGUGGGCUCGCUUCGAGAUGGAGAGAGCGCACUGGGAAGUGGAGAGGGCCGAGCUGCAGGCGCGGAUAGCCUUCCUACAGGGUGAAAGAAAAGGUCAAGAAAAUUUGAAGAAGGAUUUAGUGAGAAGGAUAAAAAUGUUAGAAUAUGCUUUGAAACAAGAGAGGGCAAAAUAUCAUAAAUUAAAAUAUGGAACAGAAUUAAAUCAAGGCGAAAUGAAGAUGCCAGCAUUUGAACCUGAAGAAACCAAAGAAUCAGAGAUCCCCCCAGGGCCUCAGAAUAGCCAGCUGACCUGGAAACAAGGCCGGCAGCUGUUAAGACAGUAUCUCCAAGAGGUCGGUUAUACAGACACCAUAUUAGAUGUUCGGUCACAAAGGGUACGCUCUCUCCUCGGUCUUUCUAGCUCUGAGCCAAAUGGCUCCGUGGAAACCAAGAACCUAGAACAGAUCCUCAAUGGUGGAGACUCUCCUUCACUUAAGCAAAAGGGACAGGAAAACAAAAGGAACUCAGGUGAUGUCCUUGAAACAUUUAACUUCUUAGAAAGCGGCGAUGACAGUGAUGAAGAAUGUGAUGGGGACAUUAUAGAGGAUCUCAUAGAUGGAAAAGACCAACGGUUAAAUAAAAAACAUAAAAUUGGUAAUGAAGGUUUGGCUGCCGAGCUUGCUGAGGACACAGAGGAAGCAUUGAAAGAGUUUGACUUCCUUGUCACUGCAGAAGACGGAGAAGGUGCAGGAGAGGCGAGAAGUUCGGGAGAUGGAACUGAAUGGGACAAGGACGUCCUGUCCCCAACUGCUGAGGUUUGGGAUGUAGAUGAGUCUCUGAUAAAUAAACUGAAGGAGCAGUACACGAAGGAGCGCAAGGGGACAAAGGGGGCCAAGAGGACGAACCGGACGAAGUUGCAUGACAUGAUUGCGGACCUGGGUGAUGAAGAACUGUCCCACAUGCCUCCAGGCAUUCUGAGCCCGGCCCGUUCACCAACAAGAAUAACCGAUCAUGAGGGUGGGAGGGCAGAGGAAGCUGAGCCCAUAACGUUUCCAUCUGGAGGUGGGAAGUCCUUCAUCAUGGGAUCAGAAGAUGUCCUCGAAAGCGUCCUGGGACUCGGGGACCUAGCAGAUCUCACUGUUACUAAUGAUUCGGAUUACAGUUACGAUAUGCCAUCCAAUAAGGAUGCAUUUAGGAAGACCUGGAAUCCCAAGUAUACUCUGCGAAGUCACUUUGAUGGGGUUCGAGCGCUAGCAUUUCAUCCAGUAGAACCUGUGCUGGUGACUGCAUCUGAAGACCACACCCUGAAAUUGUGGAACUUGCAGAAAACAGUCGCUGCCAAAAAGAGUGCCUCCUUUGAUGUGGAACCAAUCUAUACAUUCAGGGCUCACAUUGGUCCAGUCCUAUCUCUGGUGGUCAGCUGUAAUGGAGAACACUGCUACAGUGGAGGAAUGGAUGCUACGAUACAGUGGUGGAAAAUGCCAAGCCCCAAUGUAGAUCCAUACGAUACAUAUGAGCCUAGUGUUCUUGCUGGCACGUUAAUGGGACACACUGAUGCCGUAUGGGGUCUCGCUCACAGCGGAAUUAAAGACAGCUUGCUCUCCUGUUCGGCCGAUGGCACUGUCCGAUUAUGGAGUCCACCAGAAAGUGUACCGUGUAUUGGUACAUACAAUGGAAAUAGAGAACACGGCAUCCCUACAUCCGUAGAUUUUAUUGGCUGUGACCCUGCCCAUGCCGUAGCCUCUUUCACCAGUGGCUGCAUUGUGGUCUAUGAUUUAGAGACAUCCCAAUCCCUAAUACAGUUGUCUCCACCGUCUGAUUCUGGUCUCCCAUUCAGUAGUCACAUAAACAAAAUUGUGAGCCACCCUACUCUUCCUGUUACUAUCGCGGCAUAUGAAGAUAGGCACAUAAAGUUUUUUGACAACAAGUCUGGGAAGACCAUUCAUUCAAUGGUUGCACAUCUGGAUGCAGUAACGAGCCUUGCAGUGGAUCCCAAUGGAAUCUACUUAAUGUCUGGAAGCCACGACUGCUCUAUUCGCUUGUGGAAUCUGGACAGCAAGACCUGUGUGCAGGAAAUCACCGCCCAUCGCAAGAAAUUGGACGAAUCAAUUUAUGAUGUUGCCUUUCACCCAUCCAAAGCAUUCAUUGCCAGUGCCGGAGCAGAUGCCCUGGCCAGGGUCUUCGUGUGACCCUUCCUCACCCUUUCCACCCCCCAAAAACUCCUUACACAAUGCCACAGAUGCGUUCUGGGACAGGAAAAAGGACACGUGUGGUAUUUAACAAAUUCUUACAUCACUGCCAAGAGGAAAUAGCUCCAAUGCUGACACUACAAGACAGAGCUCCCCCUGCAGGAUGGGGAGAUACAUAUUACAGCGGGGCAGGCGCUACCUACCCUUUAUUUUCAUUUACCAGGAUGGCUCAGUCCGAAGCAUUAAUUACUGUAAUUUAAUCCCUCUCUUUUUUUCAAAAUAACCAGUAUUCACAGCAUCCCCUCAGGGUGUCUGUCCUGUAUUAUAUAUAAUAUAAAUAUGUUCUUUCUUUUACAGUCCACAGAGGAAAAAGGUUUUAGUUUUUAUUUUAUUGCGCAUUUUACUUUUAAAUUCAAGUUCUGGGUGCGCAAUUCUCGUAAAUCAGGACCUCAAUUUACUUGGGGCUAUGGAGCUGCUUAUGACAUAGUGAACAUACCUUUAUAGCGUGUUCAUGUUUGCCUGUUCAUGACGGAUACAGUUACAUUGCAAUAGUGAGAUCAGCUAUAAUACCAUUCAUCACAACAGUAAAGGGUUUCACAAAACAUCGGUUACAUGCACACCCAGUAUCCGGAAAUAAUCCCCGUUCACGCGCAGGUCAUUGUAUGUAAGGCUGGCAUUGUAGGACUCGAUGCCUGGCUGUCAAUGAAGGGAUUUAGGUCUUUUUAGUUUUUUUUUUUUUUUUUAUCCUGGCUACUCAACCCUGGUGUGUAAACUAUAUCAUUUUUAGCAUUAGUUUUGAAUAUGCAAAAGUUUAUGGUCUAUUUUCAUGCUUUUCGUUUGUUUCUGUUUAAUAUUAUGCUGUCACAGAAUUGCAGUGUUUUUAUUGGGAUUUUACAAACCUGACAGUGAAAUGAAUUUUACAGUUUUUUUUAUACUGCUACCCCUCAACAUAUAGCAGGGGGGAAGUGUUCCUGUUCUCAGUCCUUCUCUUCCCGAUCUAACCCGCAUCCCUUUAUAAGAGCCGGAAGUCAGUGACGCUGCCAGUAAGUCUGGCAUUAGAUAGGGUAACAUAUCCUGGUGGCUGCAGACUAACAAGUUUCAUGUUAUUUUUACUUGUUUUGUCUUUCACAUAACAGGCAAACGAGUGCUUUCAUACGCUCAUUGUGACGCACCUCCAUCCCCUUUUUAACAAUUGCAGCAUUCUAUCACUGUGUGAUAUUUUGUAUGUUUACUUUAUUGACGAGUUAAUUUAUCCAAGUUUCCCAGCUAAGUUACAGCAGCUUACUGUUAUUUAUUUCAGCUUUAUGUUCUUAGUUUUGUUCAUGUGACACGGGACUUGCAUCGUUUGUGGGACAAGUUAUUGAGAAACAAUCGUCCAUUAUUUCCACUGUUUAAAACAUAACCUCUGUAAAAUUGUGAGUUUGUUUUUAAUUGCAAACAAAGACCAACACAGAGGGAAUCCGAAUUGAAACCUGUACAAGAUGCAAGAAAGCUGAUAAUAUAAACCUAUCUCAAUUAUAGGCAAACCGUUGCGCCCCGGCCAUUGCUGAAACGGUAAGGUGUGCUGGUACAAGUCUACCAACAGCCAAAAUACAUUUAAAAAGGCCGAAACGUGACGUUUAUUGUAGUUCAAGUUCAGCCUUUAUUUUUUAUUUUAUUUUUUUGCAGUUGUCGUCACAUUUUUAUCUGUGACCGCUCAUGCCCUCUUCUUUUCCAUACUUAUUCUCAAGCAUUAUUCAGCUUCUGGUAUUGACAAAAGAUUUUACUUUGUGUUAUGCAUGACUAAAACAAUUUCACCUAUUUUUACUAGUCUUCCACAAAAGGAAAGAGAAACUGAUCAGUUUGCGAGUUUUGUAAGGUUUUCGUUUUACAGGCUGCAAAUUUUUAAGAUUGUACCACAAAAAAGCAGUACAGUUGUUGACAAAUAAUGUAUAUAAAAUGCAUAUAAUAAAUAUUAAAUGGUGUACCUGUACACAUUAAUUUGCAUUGAUUGAAACCAUCUAUUGGAAUCUUAGCAACAGAUAUUUUUGUAAAUAAUUGCUAUAUUUGUUUAAUAGGAUUCUUCUCUUCAGAGAGACUGUUAAAAUUGUGUAUUUAUGUUAACAGGACCUCAAGUAGUAUAGCGUAGUUUUCUGUUUUAUAUAGAUGAAAUAAUGCAUAAAAUUCUAUAUUUUUAUUUUAUUCUUGAAAUAAAUUCCUGCAUGUGAUAAUGAUACCCAAUCCGUUUCUACAAUCUCCAUCCCCGGUCCGUAACCACAAGGAAGAAAUAUUUUCCCCUUUCCUGUUUUUUCUCUUUUUUUAAAUUGAGACAAAAGGAAUAAAAAUUUCAAACAUA